AUGUCGAAAGCUAUUGUUAAAACGACCUUCGAGGCGUCCCGUACGCUCCGUCCCAUUUACACCGGUGGCAGCACGGCACUCGAUGCCAGUGGCCGUAUCUUGCUGAGCUGCGUGGGCGAAGAUGCGUUGAUCGUCGAUUUGGAGACUGGUAACCAGCUUACUAGUCUUGAAGGAGAUGGAGAAAUUGUCACUGGUCUAGCGAUCACACCUUCUGCCACACAUGCCAUUGUUUGCUCGCGCUCGAUGUCUAUGCGCAUCUACUCCCUCACAACUUUCGACGAAUCAUCGCAAACCAUUGAAGCAAAGCUUCUCCGCACUCUCAAACCUCACACAGCACCAGUUGUAACCAUCUCGGUGGAUCCCACUGGUACACUGCUUGCCACUGGUGGUGCCGAUGGCUCCAUCAAGGUUUGGGACAUUCGAGGUGGCUUUGUCACCCACACCUUCCAUGGUCAUGGUGGUGUUGUUUCAGCCCUUUGCUUUUUCGAAGUUCCUACCGCCGACGGCGAGAGCAAGCGCUCGAAGCGCAAAGCUGCAGGUGAUGAGGAUGAGGAAUCCACCUCCGCUGGUUCUACUGCAGGAUUCCGCCUAGCCUCCGGUAGCGAGGAUGGCAAGUUGCGUGUGUGGGACCUUCAUAAGCGGAAGUCAAUCGCAUCGCUCGAGUCACAUGUAUCCCUCGUUCGAAGCUUGUCGUUCUCACCGUCAGAGAACGCACUGAUCUCAGCUAGCAGAGAUAAGACGGUGAUUGUUUGGGAUGCGCGCACUUGGAAGACUCGUCGCAUCAUCCCUGUUUUAGAGAGUGUGGAAGCCGCAGCUUUCAUUGCGGACACUCCGCUGUGUGUUAUCGGUGGAGAGAACGGCAAGCUGCGAGUGUGGGAUUGCAACCGCGGAAGUGAGGUCACAGAAGAGCAAGAAGCCGGUGAAGAGUAUGAAAGUGUUGUCGCCAUCCAAUACUCCGCUGGACUAUCCUUCGUCCUUACUGUCCACGCAGAUCAGACUUUGCGGGUUCACUCACUGGAGGCCCUAUCAGAAUACAAGCCAGGGUCUAGCUUGGAGCCACUUACAGUCGUUCGCCGCAUCUCUGGCAAUGACGAUGAAAUCAUUGAUCUUGCAUAUGUUGGAGCUGAUCGAUCUAUGAUCGCAUUGGCCACAAACACCGAGACCAUUCGAGUAGUCUCAUGUGCCCCGUCUGAAGAUCGACCUUCGGAUCAAGGCGAGGAGUACUUUGGUGCCGAUGUCACCCAUCUGGAGGGCCACGACGAUAUCAUUAUCUGUUUGGACGUUGACUGGUCAGGACACUGGCUUGCAACCGGUGCCAAGGACAACACAGCCCGUCUCUGGCGCCUUGACCCCAAGACAUCUUCUUAUACGUGCUUUGCUGUCUUCACGGGACACGCCGAGUCUUUGGGAGCAAUUGCUCUUCCCCGUGCGCCCCCAGCUGUUGGUAGCGCCGCUUAUAACGACCCCGUGAACCACCCCCCCUCAUUCUUGAUCACCGGUUCUCAAGAUCGCACCAUCAAGCGAUGGGAUACCAGCAAGCUUGCUCCCUUGAAGGGAGAAAAGCACCACUCCCCCAAGGCGAUUUACACUCGCAAAGCCCACGAGAAGGAUAUCAACGCCAUUGAUGUCGACUCUACAUCCGAAUUGUUCGCCUCCGCGUCACAAGAUCGCACCGUGAAGAUCUGGGCCGCCGACGAAGGUACAGCAGUGGGUGUUUUGCGCGGACACAAGCGAGGCGUUUGGUCUGUGCGCUUUGCUCCUCAAGGCACUCCGAUCAUCAACUCGGAUUCCCGCACAAGCACAAGCCGUGGCCUGGCAGUCACAGGCUCGGGUGACAAGACCGUCAAGCUCUGGAGCUUGUCAGACUACAGCUGUCUUCUUACUUUCGAGGGCCACACAAACAGCGUUCUCAAAGUCCUCUGGCUGCCCCCUCCCCAGGUCUCUAACAGAGAGGAUGAGGAUGAGGAUGAAGAGGCAGCUGCGGCACGCAAGAACGAGGCCAUCCAGGCUCGCCCUCUUGUCGCCUCCGCCGCCGCGGACGGUCUUGUUAAGAUCUGGUCUCCCUACACAGGCGAGCUCGAAACAACUCUAGAUAACCACAUCGACCGAGUCUGGGCUCUCGCCAGCCCAACACCAUCCGGCUCACGUUCAGACGUGAAGCAGACCUCUCAAACUCCCUACGCCAUCGCCUCCGGCUCCGCCGAUGCUACUGUGACUUUCUGGACCGAUACCACAUCGGCCACCUACACCGCCGCUGUCAAUGCCAACUCUGCUCGCGUCGAGCAAGACCAAGAAUUGCAGAACUACAUUCGUGCCGGUGCCUACCGUGAAGCCAUCACUCUGGCGCUUCAGCUCAACCACCCUGGCAGACUCCUCUCCCUCUUCACGACCGCCAUCAACGCCGCGGAUGACCCCACGUCCUCAGCUGAGGACCGCGAACGUGCCGCUGCCAGUCUCUCUGGCAACCCUGACAUCGAUGAGGUCCUGCAGAACUUGGACCCAGCGAAUCUGCGCACUCUUCUGCUCCGUCUUCGUGACUGGAACACCAACGCCCGCACAUCCCGCGUCUCGCAGCGCAUCCUCUAUGCCUUGUUCCGCUCCUACCCUGCAUCCACCUUCGUGGAGCUGGCGACACAGUCCGUUCGUGGAAAGAAUGGUCGUGCCGCUGCCGGUUUGAAAGACAUUCUGCAGGCGCUGGCUGCGUACACAGAGAGACACUACCGUCGGGUCGAAGAGCUGGUGGAUGACAGCUAUCUGGUGGAGUGGGUUCUCGGUGAGAUGGAUGGUGGUGUUGGACUUGGUGGACUUCGUGAUCUGACUGUAGGUGAUGUUGAGGAAGAGCACGAGAAGGAUGUUAUCAUGUUAGAAGCAUAA